CAGUGACUCACAGUCUUCAUGAAUUCUUGCUACUGGCAAACUUGACAGUAUGAUGAAGACUGGGCACUGACCAUCCUAGCUACAGAGCCCAGAGUUUCUGUCUUCGAAACUGCCUCUGGUUUCCUUCCUGCUUGCUCCCUUUAUCCCCUGUGUCAGCAUCAGGGGGCAGUUUGGACUCUGUUGGGGAAGGAGCUGAACCUGAGGGUCUGCUGUCCCUUGCAAGGUGAAGAAGGGUCAGCCAUCCCAGAGCUGACGGAGACCUGAAGCUGUUGUGCUUGGUCUCUCAUCGCUAACGGAGCAGGCUCAUGUGACUGACCCAGUCAGGGUGAAAGGAGAAGUUGCAAACUCAGAAUUAAUACUUGUUCCAAGACCAUCUGGGAAGGCACACACCUACCAGUCUGCUUUUUCUGUCUUUCAGGCCGUAACCAUUAUGCAACCUUGGGUAGCCAUCUCAGGCCUCCUGCUACUUCUGACAGAUGCUGUAGUUUCUUACACUCAAGUGAUUGGAGUGGUGGGUCAUUCCAUCACGCUGCCCUGCACCUACUCAACAGCUCCUGGAGUCACAACCAUGUGCUGGGGCCGAGGGGCAUGUCCCAUGUCCCAUUGCUCAGAUGACGUGGUCUGGACUAAUGGAUCCCAUGUCACCAUUCGGAAGCACCCACGUUAUAAGCUGAAGGGAAACAUUUUAAGAGGGAACGUGUCUUUGACCAUAGAGAAUGUGGCCCAGACUGACCGUGGUCUCUACUGUUGCCGUGUUGAGCACAAGGGGUGGUUCAAUGAUAUGAAACUCACCCUGUCACUGGAGAUAAAGCCAGAAACUACUUCAUCCUCUGCCCUGCAGACAGCAGGAACCCAGCCUACUGGGCCAUGGGAAAGGAGCACAAGACAGCCCACCAAUUCACCAUUGUACUCCUGCUCCACCGAUGGGAAUGGCACUGUGACACAGUCUUCAGAUGGCCUUUGGCAUAGCAAUCAAACUCAUGUGUCACUGGCACAGAAUCCGUGGAUGACCACCAGUAAGGGACUGUACAUUGGCAUUUGCGUUACUGCUGUGGUAUUGUUCACCGUGCUGGUCGUCGUGAUUACCAAAAAAUAUUUCUGCAUAAGAAACAAGCUGGAACAACUAAACAUGGUUUCCAUGAACGACCCUCGGACUGGAGCUUUGCAAAGUGCAGCCGAAGUGGGCAUCCGAGCAGAAGACAAUAUCUACGUUAUUGAGGACAAUGUUUAUGUCAUGGAUUAAGACCCAGUGGCCCUCUAAGGAUUUAUGUCCUUAACUGUGGGAGACAAUGACAAGAUACCACCAUGUCUGAGUUCUUGUAAGCCCUAGAAUGAUUUUUCUGUUAAUUUCCAAUGAUAGUCCAACAUGUCAGUUAUGUUGGGUAGAGUGACUGGUUCAUCUGUGUAUAGUCACCCUCAUUGGCCAUAGAGUCCUAAUUUUUUAUGCUAAAACUUAAUUCACUGUUUCUCCCAAAUGUGAACACUUUAUAAUUACAUAUUCUCUUUGGAUCAUAUGAACCUUAUAUCCAUCAAGAAUUCUCACCAGUGAGAGAAGAGCUACCACUUUGGUCACCAAAGCUGUCAAGAAAAGCAGACUAGCAGUUAAAAUCAGCAGAGCUGAUGUGGGACUUAAAGGACUUCACUUGGAAA